AUGGCAUCCAUGAAUAACGCAACCGAGGGGCAACAUGACCCAGCUACGCCACUAUUUGACGCAGUUAGUCAUCCCAACAGUCUUUCCAAGCAAGUAACUCGAUUCUUUGGCUUAGGCCAAGAUAGGAUCGAGAAUAUCUUGCCUGGGACGCCAUUUCAGCGAGACGUUAUGGAUUGCGCUGCCAGAGAUGGACAGCGUGCUGUUGGCCAUGUCGUCUUUGAGAUCCCUCAAGAUGUUGACACCGCACGCCUAGCCGCUGCUUGGAAAGAGACUGUGCAUCAGACUCCAGCCUUGCGGACUUGUGCAUAUACGUCAAACACCGGAGAUGUCUUUCAAGUCGUCUUGAGAGAGAGCUUUGUGUUCUCGUGGAUGGACUGGACAUCCCUCGGCCUGAAAGAUGAGGUGGUGCAAGACGAAGCUGCUGCUGCCGUGGCUGGGCCGCGUUGCAAUCGUUUCGUUCUUCUAGACAACCCUGAUACAAAUGAACGACUUCUCAUCUGGACAUUCAGCCAUGCUCUGGUGGACACUGCCUUUCAAGAACGUGUCCUUGGGCGAGUUCUCAAAGCAUACAAGGAUGUACACGAUGAACUCCCCCGCCAGCUUGAGACACCCGACUCCUCCCAAGCUACCCCGAGGAAGACCCAAACCCAAACCCAAACCCAUCCAGGAUUCUCAAGAUCCCUCAACGGCCUGGAUGCUUCUGCGUUCCCCCCCUUGUCACCUCCCUUGACUAUACCCUCCCCCGAUGCACAGGCAGAGCAUCGCAUCUCAUACUCGUCCCCAAUUCAGAGGAAGUGGUCUAGCACUACUCUAUGUCGCGCAGCCCUCGCAAUUCUUCUAUCUCGCUACACACACUCUCCUGAGGCACUAUUUGGUGUAGUGACCAAACAAGCUCCUAUGUUGGAUCAACAUCAGCUUAUGAUGGAUGGUCCGACACGUACGGUAGUGCCUAUCCAUGUGAGCUGUGCCUCUGAUCAGUCUGUAUCGGAUGUCAUGGGUGCAAUCGAUGCCCACGAUCAUGCCAUGCGCCAGUUCGUACAUGCCGGUCUCCGCAACAUUAGCAGCACUGGAGAUAAUGCAUCUGCCGCUUGUGGAUUCCAAACCGUCCUGCUAGUCACUGAUAGUGACACUAAGAGAGCUGCGACUUGGGAGAUUCUUAAAAAGACAGAAGAAUCAGAGAAUUUUAUUCCCUGCACAAACCGUGCGCUCCUACUCAGUUGUCAGCUGACCAGUGAAGGGGCACAAUUUGUCGCAAGGUAUGACCAAAGUGUUAUCGACUCCCGUCACAUGACUCGAUUCCUCAGGCAGCUCGGAUGUUUGAUCGAGCAAUUACAGAGCUCGACAGACAAUGUGCCUUGUGUACGACAGGUCGACACGGUGACGCGUGAGGAUAGAGCAGAGAUCGAAAGCUGGAAUUCAGAACCUAUACAGGCACAAGACACACUGAUUCACAGCGAGAUGUUGAAGUGGGCUGCUGAUUUCCCAAACAAAACUGCCGUCGUCUCGUGGGAUGGAGAAUGGACUUAUGCCGAGUUGGACAAUGUCUCCUCGCGACUGGCUCAACAUAUCAAGUCGAUUGACUUUGGCAAAAAGCAGGCGAUACUCCCACUCUACUUUGAGAAAUCGAAAUGGGUCGUCGCGUCAAUGCUGGCUGUGCUCAAAGCUGGUCAUUCAUUCACACUCAUCGACCCAAGCGACCCCCUGGCCAGGAUGUCCCAGGUACUCGAACAAACCGCUGCAACAAUCGCCCUCACUUCCAAGCUCCACUGCAGCACUGUGAAGGAUAUCGUUGGCCGAUGCAUUGUGGUCGAUGAUGAGCUUAUUCAGUCGUUGAUGCAGACCGGCGAUGAUGAACUGCCAACUUUCACAGCGAAGCCACGGGACUUGGCAUAUGUUAUCUUCACUUCUGGAAGUACUGGCGAUCCCAAGGGUAUCAUGAUUGAGCACCAAGCAUUCGCGUCUUGUGCCGCCAAGUUUGGCCCUGCUAUGGGCAUCAAUACCAACACCCGCGCUCUACAAUUUGGCUCCCAUGCCUUUGGUGCGUGUCUGCUAGAAAUCAUGACGACUCUGAUUCAAGGCGGAUGUGUCUGUAUCCCUUCGGAUGAUGACCGCAUGAACAAUGUUCCUGCCUUCAUCAACCGGUGCAACGUCAACUGGGCCAUGGUAACGCCGUCUUAUAUAUCAACAUUCCCACCAGACGCUAUCCCUGGACUGCAGACCUUGAUCCUGGUUGGAGAACAGAUGUCAGCAUCAGUCAACGAGACCUGGGCUCCUCGAGUUCAGCAGCUCUUGAACGGUUACGGCCAGAGUGAGAGUUCUUCUUUCUGCUUUGUUGCUAAGAUCAAUCCGCACUCCUCUGAGCCGAAUAACAUCGGCCGGGCAGUAGGGGCACAUUCCUGGAUCAUUGAUCCUGAUGACGCCAACCGUCUUGUCCCCAUCGGCGCCAUUGGAGAGCUAGUUAUAGAAAGUCCAGGUAUUGCACGCGAUUACAUCGUUGCCCCACUGCCGGAUAAGUCACCCUUCAUUGCGACAGCCCCAACUUGGUAUCCGUCAAAACAUUUACCAGACGGAAUCAAGCUCUACAGAACAGGAGACCUUGCACGUUAUGCUUCUGAUGGUAGCAUUGUUUGCCUUGGCCGCGUGGAUUCGCAGGUCAAAAUUAGAGGGCAGCGUGUUGAGCUGGGCGCAGUGGAAACACGUCUGAGACAACAAAUGCCUGACGACAUGACCAUCGUCGUCGAAGCUGUCAAGAAGCCAGAUUCGUCCAGUAGCACACUCUUGACUGCCUUCUUGAUAGGCUCGUCCAAGUCUGAGCAAGAUGUUUACAUCUUGGAUCAAAAGGCUACCAGAGAAAUCAACUCGAAGCUGGAGAAACUUCUUCCCCGACAUUCCAUUCCGUCUUUCUACAUUUGCAUGGAUGAUCUUCCCCACACUGCCACUGGCAAAGUUGAUCGAAGAAAGCUUCGAAUUAUGGGUAGCAAGCUGGCCAGUGGACAGACUCAGACAACAGCUUCCCAGUGGAAUCGAGAUUCCAAUUCAUCGGCCACUGAUACAGAUUCCAAGCUAGAGGAGAUUUGGAUCCGAAGCUUGAACCUUGAACCGGACUCUGCUAACAUUGGAGCAAGCUUCUUCGAGCUUGGCGGAGACUCUAUUACCGCAAUCAAAAUGGUCAACAUUGCGAGGUCAGCCGGCAUGGAGCUAAAGGUUUCUGGUAUCUAUCAAAACCCCACGCUUGAUGGCCUCAAGGCCCUCAUAAACGGUAGCUCGAUCAACGGCAGCUCGGAAUCAUACACCCCCAUCCCAAAGUCAACUCAUGACGGUCCUGUUGAACAGUCAUAUGCCCAGAGUCGACUAUGGUUCCUGGACCAACUGGAAGAGGGUGCUUCGUGGUAUCUGAUACCCUACGCCGUCCGCAUGCGAGGACCGGUGGACGUCGACGGGCUGACCCGCGCCCUGCUAGCCCUGGAACAGCGGCACGAGACACUGCGGACUACCUUCGAGAACCAGGAUGGCGUAGGGGUGCAGAUUGUUCAUAAGAAACUAGCCAAAGGGUUACAAGUGAUCGAUCUGUCAGAUGACCAACGCAACGACUACUCCGAGGCGCUAUACCAGGUGGAGACCACUCCAUUUGAUAUAGCAUCUGAGGCUGGAUGGAGGGCAUCGCUGAUACGCUUGGGCGAAGACGAUCAUGUCCUUUCUAUCGUCAUGCAUCAUAUCAUCUCUGAUGGAUGGUCUAUUGACUUACUAGGACGGGAACUGAGUCAACUCUACGCUGCCACCCUGCAGGGUCAAGAUCCUCUAUCAGCAGUCAGCCCGCUCCCGAUACAAUACAGCGACUUUUCCAUGUGGCAAAAGCAGGAGAGUCAAGCGGUUGAGCAUGAAAAGCAACUCGAGUACUGGAAGAAACAACUCGCGGAUUCUUCGCCCGCCAAGAUCCCAACCGAUUUCCCUCGUCCAGCUCUACUGUCGGGUGAAGCAGGCGUAGUGCCAGUCACUAUCGAUGGCGAGCUGUACCAGAAGCUACGACAGUUCUGCAACAAGCAUAACUCGACUUCAUUCUCCGUGCUUCUGGCCGCUUUCCGCGCUGCGCAUUAUCGUCUCACCGGAGUUGACGAUGCCGUCAUCGGCACACCCAUCGCCAACCGCAAUCGACGGGAGCUGGAGAACAUGAUCGGUUUCUUUGUCAACACUCAAUGUAUGCGAAUCCCUGUUAAUGAUAGUGACACAUUUGAGAGCCUGGUCCACCGGGUCAAGUCAAUAACGACGGCCGCUUUUGAGCACGAAGAUGUUCCCUUUGAGCGAGUUGUAUCUGCACUGCAACCUGGGUCAAGAGAUUUAUCACGAACCCCGCUGGCGCAGCUCAUGUUCGCUGUUCAUUCGCAAAAGAGUCUCGGAAGGUUCGAGCUGCAAGGUAUCGAGUCAGAACUGCUCUCGAGCAAGGCAUAUACCAGGUUUGACAUCGAGUUCCAUUUGUUGCAAGAGUCUGGCGGGCUUAAAGGCAGCUGUAACUUUGCUACAGACCUAUUUAAGCCUGAAACCAUUCAAAACGUGGUCAGCGUGUUUUUCCAGAUUCUGCGUCAUAGUCUCGAUCAACCUCAAACCUUCAUCUCGGUUCUCCCGCUUACCGAUGGGGUACCGGAACUUCGAAGUAUGGGCCUACUCAAGAUCAACCAGGUCGAGUACCCACGAGAUUCGAGCGUGGUUGAUGUCUUCCGUACCCAGGCCGAUGCUUGCCCCGACUCUGUUGCAGUCGUCGACUCCUCAUCACGCCUGACAUAUGCAGAGCUGGACCAUCAGUCUGAGCUGCUAGCGACAUGGCUUCGCCGACGGAACAUGGCGGCCGAAACACUGGUCGGGGUUCUAGCACCAAGGUCAUGCGAGACAGUUGUUGCCUUUCUUGGUAUCUUGAAAGCGAACCUGGCAUAUCUCCCCUUUGAUGUGAGAUCUCCUGCUGCCCGCAUGAAGGAUAUCCUGUCAGGGGUACCCGGACACAAGAUAGUACUGCUGGGCUCUGGAGUGACUGCCCCUGGGUUUCAGCUACCAGACCUGGAGCUAGUACGUUUCACAGACGCUGUGCAAGAUCAUGGCAAGAAUGGUGUGAACGGCCAUGCAUAUGCACACUCGUUGAACCCUUCCGCGACAAGCCUUGCAUAUGUGCUAUUCACCUCCGGGUCAACUGGCAAGCCCAAGGGUGUCAUGUGUGAGCACCGUGCCAUUCUACGACUUGUCAAAGGUGACAUUAUCCCAAAUUUCCCUUCUGAAGCGAGGAUGGCUCAUAUGUUCAAUGCUGCCUUUGACGGCGCUACUUAUGAGAUCUGGAACAUGCUUCUGAACGGUGGAACAGUAGUCUGCAUUGACUAUAUGACCACGUUGGACGGCAAAGCCCUUGAGGUUGUAUUUGCCAAAGAACAAGUCAACGUCGCCAUGAUGGCACCUGCGUUGCUAAAACUAUACUUAGCCGAUGCUCGCGAUGCCAUGAAGAAUCUCGACAUCCUCAUCGCCGCUGGAGACAGGUUUGACGGCCAGGAUGCUGUCGAGGCGCUGGCGCUUGCCCGGGGUCGAUGCUUCAACGCAUAUGGCCCAACUGAGAAUGGAGUUUUCAGUACCAUGUACAAUGUUGCCGAAAAUGAAUCCUUCCACAACGGGCUUCCCCUUGGACGACCUCUCAACAACUCUGGAGCCUACGUCAUGGAUCCCAACCAGCAGCUGGUGGGUGUCGGCGUUAUGGGAGAGCUUGUUGUCACUGGAGACGGUCUUGCUCGUGGUUAUAGCGACCCAACUCUUGACAAGAACCGCUUUAUUCACAUCAACAUGGACGGUGAGACUGUAAGGGCAUACCGGACAGGCGACCGGGUGCGUGCCAGGCUAGGAGAUGGCUUUAUCGAGUUCUUUGGGCGUAUGGAUACCCAAUUCAAGCUUCGAGGCAACCGUAUCGAGGCGGGUGAGGUAGAGUCUGCCAUCCUCAGCCAUCAGUCGGUCCGUGACGCUGCUGUCGUUCUCCGACAGGACGAAGGGCAGCAGCCAGAGAUGAUCGGAUUUGUGGUUGCAGACAACGACCACUCCGUCGAGCAAGAAGAGACAGGCAAUCAAGUUGAGGGAUGGCAAGACCAUUUUGAGAGUGGCAUGUAUUCCGAUAUCAGCACCGCCAUCGACCAAUCGGCUAUUGGAAACGACUUCAAGGGCUGGACAUCCAUGUACGACGGAAGCGAGAUCGACAAGGCAGAUAUGCAGGAGUGGCUUGACGACACCAUACACACACUCCAUGACAGUCAAGUGCCUAGUCAUGUACUGGAGAUAGGAACUGGUAGCGGCAUGAUAUUGUUCAACCUCGACGUCGGGCUACAAAGCUACGUAGGUCUUGAGCCUUCCAAGUCAGCGACCGAGUUUGUGAACAAGGCCAUCGAGUCCAUCCCAUCACUUGCAGGAAAGGCCAAGGUUCACGUUGGUACAGCUACAGAUAUGAACAAACUGAGUGGACUUUGUCCAGACCUCGUCGUGUUCAACUCUGUAGUUCAGUACUUCCCUACACCCGACUACCUGAUGGAAGUUGUGGAUACUCUGGUUCGGAUGCCUGGUGUCAAGCGCAUUUUCUUUGGCGACAUACGAUCUCACGCCAUCAACAGACAUUUCCUUGCUGCCAGGGCGAUUCAUACGCUAGGUAACAAUGCAAGCAAGAACAGUGUCCGGCAAAAGAUCGCAGAGCUAGAAGAAGGCGAGGAGGAGCUGCUUGUUGAGCCAGCCUUCUUCACCACGCUCCAAGACCGGCUUCCAGACCUAAUCAAGCACGUCGAGAUUCUUCCAAAGAACAUGAAAGCCACAAACGAGCUCAGCGCGUACCGCUAUGCGGCUGUCAUACACCUACAUGAUGAGUCAAGCGAAUCGACACAACCUGUGUACUCGAUCGGAAAGGAUCACUGGAUCGACUUUGAAGCUUCUCAGAUGAACAGACAUGCUCUUCUAGAACUCCUACAGCUCUCUAAAGACGCUACGACUGUGGCUGUCAGCAACAUCCCCUAUGACAAGACUGCCUUUGAGCGACAUAUUAUUGAGUCACUCGACAAUGACAGUAAAGAUGAGACGCAGAGUGCACUGGAUGGUGCAGCCUGGAUCUCAGCAGUUCGCUCCGAAGCCGAAAGCCGCUCAUCACUCUCUGUUCCUGAGCUUUUCCAGCUUGCAAAGGGAACUGGAUUCCGUUUAGAAGUCAGUGCAGCACGACAGUGGUCACAGAGCGGUGCGCUGGAUGCCGUCUUCCACCACUACUCGUCUUCUCAAACAGCUAGCCCUAGCCGUACCCUGAUUCGAUUCCCCAAUGACAAUCAUCUUCCAUUAGGGUCAACCCUUGCCAACAGACCGCUCCAGCGAUUGCAGAGACGUCGUGCCGCGUUGAAGGUCCGUGAACGGCUACAGUCUUUGGUUCCAUCGUACAUGAUUCCAUCCAGCAUAGUUGUGCUGGACAAGAUGCCUCUCAAUGCCAAUGGAAAGGUCGACCGAAAGGAACUUGCACGCAAGGCCCGAAUCUUACCAAAGGCCCAGGCGGCAGCACCCGUGCCAGCGUUCCCUAUUAGCAACAUCGAGAUCAUAUUGUGUGAGGAGGCGACCGAGGUGUUUGGAAUGAAAGUCGACAUCACUGAUCACUUUUUCAAACUUGGCGGACACUCCCUCCUGGCAACAAAGCUCAUCUCGCGAAUCGACCAUAAACUCAAGGUUCGCGUCACUGUCAAGGACGUCUUCGAUCACCCAGUCUUUGCCGAUCUUGCAGCUAUCGUCCGCCAAGGCUUAGCUUUACAGAACCCCAUCGCCGAUGGGCAGGACAAACAGGCAUGGUCCUCACGAGUGGCCCCGCGUACCGAGACCGAAAGGAUGUUAUGUGAAGAGUUUGCCAAAGUCCUAGGCAUCCAGGUUGGAAUCACUGACAACUUCUUCGACCUCGGUGGGCAUUCACUUAUGGCUACCAAGCUCGCUGUGCGAAUUGGUCAUCGUCUGAACACCACCAUCGUGGUUAAAGACAUCUUUGAUCACCCUGUUCUUUUCCAGCUCGCUGAAAUGAUGGAUUUGGCUCAAUCACAGCACAGCAAAGAGGCAAGCCAUGACAUACAGACAGCUGGUUAUGCUGCAUUUCAGCUCCUUGAUCUGCAAGAUCCACAGGACUUUGUUCAACGCGAAAUUCGCCCGCAACUCGACUCUUGCUAUGGAACAAUUCAGGAUGUCUAUCCAUCUACGCAGGUGCAGAAGGUGUUCCUCUUCGAUCCGACAACUGGGUACCCGCGAAAGCUUGUGCCAUUCUACAUAGACUUCCCACACAAUUCAGACUCUGAUACCCUAGUCAGAGCUUGCGAGCUUUGGGUCCAAAAGCUCGAUAUCUUCAGGACAGUCUUCUUGGAAGUUUCAGGCGAGAUCUACCAAGUAGUCUUGGAGCAUCUCGAUAUGAACAUCCAGGUGAUUGAGACUGAACAGAACGUGAACACUGCGACAAGCGAUUACUUGGAUGAGCAUGCACAAGACCCUGCAUCUCUAGGACAUCCGUUGAUACGACUUGGCAUUAUGAAGACGGCAUCAUCGGUGCGAGUUAUACUGAGGUUAUCUCAUGCUUUGUAUGACGGCUUGAGUUUCGACUACAUGGUACGCGGUCUUCACAUUCUCUACAAUGGCAGAGUCCUUCCGCCACCGACCCAAUUCGCGCAAUACAUGCAAUACACUGCCCAUAACCGCAAGGAGAGCUACGAGUUCUGGCGUGAUGUGAUUCAGAACUCGCCCAUGACAGUUCUGAGUGAUCCCAGCAUCCGCAGUGGUCAGCAAGAAAUCCCAGAUUACAAGGCUGUGCAUUUGUCACAGGUCGUUAGCGUUCCCCUCCAGGCUAUUCGGAGCAGCAUCGCCACACAGGCGACAGUCUUGAAUGUUGCUUCUGCUCUAGUGCUUUCGAAGGAAUCAGGUUCAGAUGAGGUCGUCUUUGGUCGAAUUGUCUCUGGACGGCAAGGCUUACUGGCUAUUUGGCAAGAUAUCAUCGGACCUUGCACAAACUCAGUACCAGUACGUACUCGCAUAGAUGCAGAAGCAAAUCAGCAACAAUUGCUUCGCGACAUGCAAGACCAAUAUCUCCGGAGUUUACCUUACGAGACACUUGGGUUCGAGGACAUCAAGCGCAACUGCACCGACUGGCCAAAGGAAACGACGAAUUACUCCAUUUGCGUCACAUAUCACAAUUUCGAGUAUCACCCAGAGAGUGAAGUAGGACAGCAGCGGGUUGAGAUGGGAAUCUUGGCAAAGCAUGUUGAGCUUCGCAAGGAUGAGCCGCUUUACGACUUGGCCAUAGCCGGAGAGGUUGAGCCUGAUGGUGUUAGCCUCAAUAUUACCGUCGUGGCGAAGGCGCGGCUAUUCCAAGAAGAGAAAGUUAGGCAGGUUCUGGAAGAUGUCUGCAGGACAUUCCAGACUUUGAACUCGUCCUUGUCAUAG